UCAGAUUUGAUUCUGGUUUGGUGAUUAUGGUUUUUUCCUAUUCUGCUGCAAAGCAUUUUAGUAUGAGGAACAAAGUUUCCUUUAAACACUCACCUGCUUGAAAAGAAGUCUACAGGCAUAUAUGCUACCUGCCUAACAGAAACAAGCAAAGUUUCUUUUUCUUUCCCUCUCACAGCUUAAAGAUGCCGCUUUUUGGCUGGAUGAAAUGGCCAAAAAAUGAUUCCUACAAACCCUCAAGGUAUCCUGGAUCAGAACUAGUUACAAAAACCUUGCUGAGGGAAUUGAAAUGGCACCUGAAGGAACGUGAAAGGUUAGUGCAAGAGAUUGAAAACGAGCAAAAAGUCCAGAAAACUGGCAUGGAUUACAACUGGUUGAAGAACUACCAAAAUCCUCAAGCAACAAUUCCAGCUACGGAGCAGCGGCAGCUUGAAGUUCUGUGCUCCCAAAUCCAACCCUGCCAGACUGGAACUGUUCUCAGCAGAUUUCGUGAAGUUUUGGCAGAAAAUGAUGUUUUGCCUUGGGAAAUAGUCUACAUAUUCAAGCAAGUUUUAAAAGAUUUUCUUACUACCAUUGAGAGAGAAAACCAACAAGAGCAGCUGGUAAACGUGUGGAAUACAAAUUGCUCUGAACAUUUCAGCCUGCGUGGAGACAGUUCUAACAGAUCAGAGAAAGAGGAAAUCCCUACAGUUUCAAGUUAUGUCGACAGAAACACGCAAAGCAUGUUUCCCACUUUCUCUGAUAGGAUCUGGAAUCUACCAUAUUACUACCCAUCAAGUUAAGCCGCUUUGUGUUGCUUUCAAAAAGCUC